AUGGAUCUAACAAAGACACCUCGAAAGGUCUGGGAACACCCCAGUCCCAAGAGCACGGCGAUGUGGGCAUUUAUGCAAGAGGCAAAUAAAUUACAUGGACUAAGUCUCAAGACGUUCAACGACUUAUAUGAAUGGUCCGUCUCUAAACGCAGCGACUUCUACGCUCAACUCUGGGCCUCUCAAAACUGGAUCCACGAGGGUUCCUACUCAUACGUCGUAGACGAAUCUAUCCCAAUCACAAAGCUUCCCACUUGGUUCCCUGGUAUUCGCAUCAACUACGCCGAGAAUAUCCUCUGGACAGGUGCUGUAGGCGGUGCACCAGGCGAGCGCUCAACGCUGCACAAAGAAGAUGAUACUAUCGCCAUCACAGAAGUCAGAGAGGGCAAUUCCUCUGUGAAGAAUUUUACUUGGAGAGAGUUGAGGAGAAGAGUGGGGAAGCUGGCGGGUGCAUUGAAGCAGAGAGGUGUCAAGAAGGGAGAUAGGGUUGUUCUGGUCGGUGCUCAUGCUGUUGAGACACUUGUUGUGUUUCUAGCUACGACUUGGCUUGGGGGGCUAUUCAGCAGUAGCUCUACUGAUAUGGGCGUUGGAGGGCUGUUGCAGAGGACUGUUCAGAUUGACCCCAAGUUUGUCUUCUUUGACGAUGGAGCUCUCUAUAAUGGCAAAGUCAUCGAUCUUCGCGAUAAGAUCAAGGGAGUUGUUGAAGGAAUGGAAGAAUGCCCUUCUUUCCAAGGAGCAAUCAUUGUUCAGCGUUUCGACUCUCCUCACGAUACUUCUCAAAUCCCCAAGACACAGCGUCUCGAGUCUUUCCUAUCCUCCGCACCCUCAACUCCACCAUCCAUCGAACGAGUUGGGUUUCAAGACCCAAUGGUAGUGUACUAUUCCUCUGGAACAACAGGAACGCCAAAAGCCAUCGUUCACGGCGUCGGUCCGAUCCUCGUUUCAGUGGCUAAAGAGGCUAUUCUUCAUCGUGAAAUCACUCCAAAGGAUGUUGCACUUCAGUAUACUACUACAGGCUGGAUCAUGUAUCUUGCUAGCGUUACUCGACUUGCUUUUGGUGGACGGACUGUGUUUUAUGAUGGUUCGCCUUUUGUACCAGAUCGUUCUGUUCUGUUACGAAUCGUGGAGGAGCAGCGUGUUACCAAUUUAGGAAUUAGUCCAAGAUGGUUGGGUGAACUUAUGAAAGAAGGAAUAGUUCCUCAGAAAGAGGCAGAUCUGAGUAGUCUGACGGCUGUUCAGAGUACGGGAAUGGUGUUGAAGGAGCAGGUCUUUGACUGGUUCUAUGAUGGAGCUUUUCCAACGAAUAUCAAGUUGGCUAACUUUUCAGGCGGUACAGAUAUUUCUCUUCUUGCUAUUGCUGACGUUACCAAGGCUGCCUGCUUUGUCAUGGAGAAUCCCCUAUCUCCCAUCUACGCUGGUGGAUGCCCAGGACGGGUUAUUGGAACACCAAUGGCAAUUUAUCCAUCUUCUGCGGACCUCGACAAACCGAUCUCACCGGUUCCCGAUGGUGAACCAGGAGACUUAGUCGGCACUGCAGCGUUCCCCAAUGUCCCUCUCUAUCUCUGGAACGAUACAACACCCGCUCCGGGAAAGAAGUACACUUCAGCAUACUUUGAUCGAUUCCCUAAUGUGUGGUCACAAGGCGACUUUGCAGCAGUUCACCCACAGACAGGCCAUAUUCAUAUUCUAGGCCGCUCAGAUGGAGUUUUGAACCCAAGUGGGAUCCGAUUCGGAAGUGCGGACAUCUACGCAGUGCUCGAGGGAAGCUUUGCAAAGGAGGUUGCUGAGAGUCUAUGCGUAGGCCAGCGCCGACCCCAGGACCAUGAUGAGAGCGUUGUUUUGUUCCUGUUGAUGAAACCAGGAGUCAAAUUCAACGCUGAACUCGCUAGUAAAAUCCGAGAAAGGAUUGCCAAUGAGUUGACGAAGAGGCAUGUGCCCAAGUAUAUCUUUGAGGUGCCCGAUAUUCCAACAACUGUGAACGGCAAGAAGGUCGAACUUCCAGUCAAGCAGAUCAUCUCGGGCAGUAAUAUCAAACCAAGCGGGACGUUGUUGAACCCACAGAGCCUGGACUUUUUCUAUCAAUUCCAGAAGAUUGAAGAGAUUGAUCAAGUCAAAGCGAAAUUGUAG